AUGCCGCACCGGGACGUCGUCUCUGCCACGGCCGCCAUCGGCGCGCUCACCCGCCGCGGGCGACACCGCGACGCCCUGGCACUGUUUUCCCAAGUGCUCGCCGACGGCGUCGCGCCCAACGAGUUCACCUUCGGCACCGUCCUGCGCUCGGCCACCGCUCUUCGAGCACCGCGCGUCGGUGUGCAGCUCCACGCCUGCGCUGCUAAGCUCGGCCUCUGCUCCAACGUCUUCGUCGGCAGCGCCCUCCUCGACCACUAUGCGAAGAUGGGCGCCAUGAGGGAGGCCCGGGGCGCGCUCGAUGACACCUGUGACCCGAAUGUGGUGUCCUACACCGCCCUCAUUACCGGUUUGCUGAAGAAUGGAAUGUUUGAUGAAGCAGACCGAUUGUUCCGGCGCAUGCCAGAGAGGAACGUGGUCUCCUGGAACGCGAUGAUCGGCGGGUGCAGUCAAGCCGGUCUCAGGGCACUUGGCGUUGGCAGAAGCGUUCAUGCAUCAGCCAUCAAGUUCUUGGGCAAGCUUGACGUUUAUAUAGGUAAUUCUCUUGUGAGCUUCUAUGCCAGGUGCGGUAGCUUGGAGGACAGUGUUUUGGCUUUCAAAAAGAUGAAUCGGAAAAACGUGGUCUCCUGGAAUGCACUGAUCUGCGGGUAUGCACAGAACGGGAAGGGAGAGGAGGCUUUGGAUGCUUACAGGUUGAUGAGAGCAAUGGGCCUCAAGCCAGAUAAUGUCACUCUCCUCGGCUUGCUGUUUGGUUGCAACCAUGCUGGUCUGGUUGAUGAAGGUUAUGCAUUGUUCAAGACCGCAGAGAUGGAGCAACCCGGCAUACUGAAACCUGAGCAUUAUGCUUGUGUGGUUGAUCUACUAUCUCGUGCCAAGCGAUUUGACGAUGCCAAGAGGUUUCUUGAGGAGCUCCCUUUGAGCCAGGCAUUGGGUUCUGGAAGGCUUUGGAGGGAGAUUAAGGAGAAGGGGCUGAAGAGAAUCACCGGCUGUAGUUGGAUUGAGGUCCAGGACAAGGUCCAUGUCUUCUCCAAUGGAGACUUUAGGCAUCAUCAGAGUGAUGAAAUUUAUUCGAUGCUUGAAGCAUGUUUUUAUUCCAUGGAAGAUGAACAUGAUUACUCAAUUGUGUGA